AUGGCUUUCUUUAUGAAAAAGAUGAUAAGCGACCAGGUAAAGAAUUUAGGGUUCGGGGGCAGCUCUGAAGAAACAAAAGAAGAAGGAGGUUCCUCAGAUCCAGCAGCAGCACAAGGCAUGACCAGAGAGGAGUAUGAAGAAUACCAGAAGCAAGUGAUUGAGGAGAAGAUAGAAAAGGAAGCCGCUGCAUUCACUCAAAGAAAGGCCGAGAGGGCCUGCCUCCGAGUCUUCACCUUAGAUGACAAGUACAGACCUCCCAAGAGUGAGAUGGAUGAGAACCAGAUCCAUAUGGCUGGAGACCAAGUGGACUUGCCUGAAGAUCUUCAGAAGAUGGUGGAUGAGGAUCAAGAAGAGGAGGAGGACAAGAACUCAAUUCUCAGGCAGUUACAGAGUCUUCAAAACAUGGACUUAGACACCAUGAAGGAGAAGGCGCAGGCCACCAUCACAGAAAUGAGGCAGACUGCGGAGCAGAAGUGUUCCGUGAUGUGA